CGACGGGAGCAGAGCUGAGCUGUGGGGGCCGUGUCGUGUCGUGUCCUCUCGUGUCCUGUCCUGUCGUGUCGCGGCGGCCGCAGCGAUGCCGGCCAAGAAGUCCUUCCGACGGCGCAGGGAGGACGAGGACGAGGAGGAGGAGGACGAGCAGCUCGCCGAGGAGGUCAGGUUAAAACUUGAGGAAGCCAAAGAAGUUCAGAGCCUCAGAAAGCGACCCAAUGGGGUGAGUGCUGUAGCUCUGCUUGUGGGAGAGAAGUUGCAAGAAGAAGCAACACUUGUGGAUGACCCAUUUAAGAUAAAAUCCGGGGGAAUGGUGGACAUGAAGAAGCUGAAGGAAAGAGGCAAGGACAGGAUUAAUGAAGAGGAAGAUCUGAACUUGGGAACUUCCUUCUCAGCAGAAACCAACAGGCGGGAUGAAGAUGCUGACAUGAUGAAGUACAUUGAGACUGAGCUGAAGAAGAGAAAGGGGAUUGUGGAGAAUGAGGAGCAGAAGGUGAAGCUUAAGAACGCUGAGGACUCUCUGUACGAGCUGCCAGAGAACAUCCGUGUCUCCUCUGCCAAGAAGACUGAGGAGAUGCUGUCCAACCAGAUGCUGAGUGGCAUUCCUGAAGUGGACCUGGGAAUUGAUGCAAAAAUAAAAAACAUCAUCUCAACUGAAGAGGCCAAGGCCAAGCUGCUGGCAGAGCAGCAGAACAAGAAGAAAGACAGCGAAACUUCCUUUGUUCCCACCAACAUGGCUGUUAAUUAUGUCCAGCACAACAGAUUUUAUCAUGAGGAGCUGAACGCACCAGUGCGAAGGAACAAAGAGGAGCCAAAGCCCCGUCCCCUGAGAGUGGGGGAUACCGAGAGACCAGAACCUGAGCGGUCUCCUCCAAAUCGCAAACGUCCCCUCAAUGAAAAAGCCACAGAUGAUUAUCACUAUGAGAAGUUCAAGAAGAUGAACAGGCGAUACUAAUGAACGUGGACUGAAGCCUUUUGAGUUGUUUGGAUUUUCCACUUAUAAAGGAUUUUGUGUCUGUGAGCUGCGAUGGAUUUUGAGAAGAGUCACUACCUUCACAUGCUGAUGUUACCUACGAAGCUUUUCCUGUGUGAUCUUGUAGUGAAUCAGUUUGCAGAUGAUUGUGAACUCUUUGGUCAGUGAAACCUUGUAUAUAACUAUGUUCUUAUAAAUACUUUUAUAAUGGAAAAUGA